GCAAAUCCAAAUCAUCAAAAUAAUUUUUGAUAGGAAUAAAAUUUUCAUUUUAAAAAAAAUAUGGAUUUUGUCUUCUGAAAAUAACUUCGUUGAUUAAUUCGAUUUCAUAUACUGUAUAAAUAUAUAUAAAAUUUAUUUAGUAUAACAAUAAACUCCAUUGUUUUAAGUGAGCAACGCAAUGUGGUGACGUUUAUGUUUAAAAAUUAGAUAGCAAAGUUAUUAUCUUGUAUAAAUAGAGGAAUUAACUCUGAUGAUUGAGAAAAAAUAAAAAAGGCAUCCUCCGUAGAAAUCAAGAUGAUGGAAAGGGGAUUUUUCUUGUUUUGUUUUUUACAUCUAAUUUUCGGUAUCAGCGGCUUUUAUCUACCUGGACUUGCCCCUGUAAAUUUUUGUAAAAAACCGGAUGAAAUCAAUAAUUGUAAAUCCAAUGUGCUCUUAUAUGUUAAUCGACUGAAUACUGAAGAAAUGGUGAUGCCCUAUGAAUACAAUUAUUUUGAUUUUUGCCAAGCUGUUGGUGAUGUUUCAAACCCAACAGAGAACUUGGGUCAAGUCGUUUUUGGAGAAAGAAUAAAAGCAUCACCUUACAAAAUAAGUUUUAUGGAAAAUGUUACAUGCGCUACGGUAUGUAAGAAACAUUAUAACUCAGGAGAUACUAAAGCAGAAGCUGCUUUAAAAACUUUGAGGAAUGGCAUAAUUUUCAAUUAUCAACACCACUGGAUAGUUGAUAACAUGCCAGUAACCAACUGUAGAUUAGACAAUGACUUGAAGAGUCAAGUAUGUACCACAGGUUUUCCUAUGGGAUGCUAUGUUAGGAAUGGUAGAAAUACCUGCCCUGUAAAAUUAGAGAGAGCAGAUGCCUAUUACAUCAAUAAUCAUGUGGAUCUUACUAUUACUUUUCAUUCUGGCAAUAAAGAAGAGUGGGGUGCAAAAUUUCAAGAAAAUGGUGGACGAAUAAUUUCAGUUAAGGUCACACCUAGAAGUAUUAAUCAUGGCAGUGGACUGGACUGUAGUCAGGGCGCAGACUUGAUGGAAAUCCCUAUGAAAGUUCCACAAAAUGGAUUAGACAUAACAUAUUCAUACUCAGUGUAUUUUGUUCGUAACAAUGAUGUUAAAUGGUCAUCUCGUUGGGACUACAUUUUAGAAUCUAUGCCAAAUAUGAACAUUCAGUGGUUUAGCAUACUCAAUUCUCUCGUUAUUGUGUUAUUUUUGUCUGGUAUGGUGGCUAUGAUACUAUUGAGAACUCUACACAAGGAUAUAGCAAGGUAUAAUCAAAUAGAUAGCGGUGAAGACGCUCAAGAAGAGUUUGGAUGGAAAUUGGUACAUGGGGACGUUUUCAGGCCCCCUCGCAAAGGAAUGUUACUAUCUGUCUUGUUAGGUGCUGGUGUACAAGUAUUUUGUAUGACCUUGGUAACUCUGGCAUUCGCCUGCCUUGGAUUCUUGAGUCCCGCCAAUAGGGGAGCUCUCAUGUCUUGCGCCAUGAUUUUGUAUGUUCUAUUAGGUUCUCCUGCAGGAUACACUUCUGCCAGGAUCUACAAAAGUUUUGGAGGUGAAAAGUGGAAGUCUAAUGUGUUACUCACUUCGAUGCUUUGUUCUGGCAUUGUUUUUGGACUAUUUUUCAUAAUGAAUCUGGUGUUAUGGAGUAAAGGAAGUUCUGCAGCAAUUCCUUUCAGUACCUUGGUAGGGUUGCUCUCUAUGUGGUUAUUGGUUUCUGUGCCUCUUACAUUUGUAGGAGCGUUCUUUGGCUUCAGAAAAAGGCCUUUGGAGCACCCAGUGAGAACAAAUCAAAUUCCUAGGUUGAUUCCCGAUCAAUCUGUCUAUACUCAACCGCUUCCGGGAAUCGUCAUGGGAGGUAUCCUGCCGUUCGGCUGCAUUUUUAUCCAGCUUUUCUUCAUAAUGAACUCAAUAUGGUCUUGGCACAUGUACUACAUGUUUGGUUUCUUGUUCCUGGUGUUCAUCAUACUUGUCAUAACAUGUGCUGAAACUACCAUUCUGUUGUGUUAUUUCCACUUGUGUGCGGAAGACUAUCACUGGUGGUGGCGUUCCUACCUAACCUCCGGUUUCACAUCUGUGUACCUUUUCCUCUACUGCUGCCACUAUUUCUUCAGCAAGUUGCAGAUUGAGGAUCUGGCUUCUUCAUUUCUUUAUUUCGGAUACACACUGAUCAUGGUGUUCUUAUUCAACUUAUUGACUGGCACUAUCGGUUUUUUCGCGUGUUUCUGGUUCAUAAGGAAGAUAUACAGUGUGGUAAAAGUGGACUGAGCAGAUUAUUCGUUCAUAUUAUAGGAUUUUAUUAUUAACAUACUCGGUAUUUUGGAUUGAAGCAAGAAAGGCUGCUGAGGCUACUGAGAAGAUCCAUAUUAUGUAUUCUCAUCAAAAAACAAGAUUUCAUUUCAGUUCUGAAUGAUCUCUUAAAAUUUUAGAGACUGUCAUGAAAUUAAAGUGUAGAACAUUUUGUAUACUUUGUUAACUGAUUGGAAUUAAACAAAAUAAAUAAUUUUAACUUUAUUGAUCUGUUGGGAGCUUUAAAAGAGAAUAAUGAGAAAUGUACAAAUAUUCAAUUCAUGGCUCUAGAUUAUUUCUCAACUUUUUGAUUAUUAAUAAUUUUCAAAGUUGUGGAAUUAUAUUCUUUGAAAUAUUUAAUACAUUCUUUUGAAAUAUAUUCUGUUUGAAAUUAUUGUAGAAUAUGUUUCUCACAUUUUUCUCACAACUGCACAAAUGAAAUAAAGGACAUUUAACACUUGCAAGUUUAUUUGUUGCAUCCAAUUUGAACUCUAUUACCAAAAAUUGUUAUCUGGAUCAUUCAACCCUCUUCCAAUAUUUUAUUGUAUUAAAUGAAAAAAUGGUGCAAUCAGAAUUGAUUUUCCGUUUGGGUUAGAAAGAAGCUUCAUUUUUUUGAUGUAAAAUAUUUUCAAUAUCAUUGCAUAGUCCAGAUUUAUAUAUUAUAUAUUUAUGUAAUAGAGAUUACUUAAAAUAAAGUGUCUACUUAAAAAAGGGAAUUUUUUAUUUGUUCUUGUAUAACAUUGCUGUGAAGUCUUCCCAAUAAACAUAUUAUGUAUUUUAUCUCUUUGUUAGAUUCACCUUUGUAAAGUGGAAGUGAAUAUACUUUUACAUCAUGAA